CACAGAUAUAAAUAGGAGGUGGAUUUUUUUACUCCACUCAUUUCUCCUGAAGGAUGAGAUCCCUGAAACACCUUAAACAUCACUCCAGGAACAAUGUGGAGGAACAGAGUAACCGCUUGGUGCGGACUUACCCAAAGAUGACUGAGGGCCACAUGGAUGUGGGCACACAGACAGAGCCUGUAGUGGUGCUAUCUCUGGCUCAGGCUGCUGUUCUUGGCCUCAUCUCCCAGAAUGAAAUAUUUGGAGCCACAAUUGCCCCAAAUGGCUUUUACACAGGGGAGCCCAGAGAGUGCCCCCCUCCUCCGGCAGAGUCAGUGGAGUAUGAGUAUGCUGACCAGCUGAUUGGGGCCAAUGGAGACUACCUGGCAGAGCCUGCUGGGGACUCGGAGCCUCAGCCCCAUUGCAGCGAGAGAAGACGCUCUGGGCCCCGUGGGAGGAUCAAGAGACUGAGGAGUGAUGGAGAAUCAGAUGCUCUCCCACACAAAGAGCCCACUCCACAGGCGCAGGUCAAAGGUGAAAGACUUGACUCUGAUACCCCUCCUUCCUGCAUUCAUAUGAACAGCAGGCAUAGUCCUGACAAGUCAGAGGAUUCAUCUACUCAGCAAGGUUCUCUGAAAGAGGAACAGGCCUGCGGAAACUGUCCCUCGUGUGUGAGAGAUACACCCAGGCCUGAAAUAGAUGGACAGCCAGUGCAAGAGAAAGAAGACAGUUCUAGUCAAGAGAAAGAGAGGAAGGAAGAAGAGCUGGUGGUAGAGGAAGAGGAGGAGGAGGAGGAGGAGGAGGCAUUGAACCUAAAGACAAGUGGAGAAACUGGCAGUCCUCUGGAGAACCGUUACUAUGAUUCCAGUGAAGUGGCCUAUGAGUCUGCUGACUUGCCGGUGGCAGGAGAGUAUGAGGAAAACGGCCAGGCCAUGCUGUGGUCGGACCCAGAGGGCCUCGCCAGACGAAUGCAGAUAGACCGUCUGGAUAUAAAUGUACAGAUUGAUGAGUCUUACUGUGUAGAUGUGGGCGAGGGUCUAAAACGCUGGAAGUGCCGCAUGUGUGAGAAGUCAUACACAUCAAAAUAUAACCUUGUCACCCAUAUCCUGGGCCAUAAUGGAAUUAAGCCCCAUGAAUGCUUACACUGUGGGAAGCUUUUCAAGCAGCCAAGCCACCUACAGACUCACCUGCUCACCCAUCAGGGAACCCGACCCCACAAGUGUACGGUUUGUGAGAAGGCCUUCACGCAGACCAGCCACUUGAAAAGGCACAUGCUGCAGCACACAGACGUUAAGCCUUACAGCUGCCGCUUCUGUGGCCGAGGCUUUGCCUACCCCAGUGAGCUUAGGACCCAUGAGAACAAACACGAGAAUGGUCAGUGUCACGUCUGCACCCAGUGUGGCCUCGAAUUUCCAACCUACGCCCACCUGAAGCGCCACUUAACAAGCCAUCAGGGUCCUACGACGUACCAGUGCACAGAGUGUCACAAGUCCUUUGCCUACCGCAGCCAGCUGCAGAACCACUUGAUGAAGCACCAAAAUGUGCGGCCUUACGUGUGCCCCGAGUGCGGCAUGGAGUUUGUCCAGAUCCACCACCUUCGACAACAUGCUCUCACUCACAAGGGCAUGAAAGAAUUCAAGUGUGAAGUCUGUGCCCGAGAGUUCACCCUGUCUGCCAACCUGAAGAGACACAUGCUGAUCCAUGCCAGCGUGAGGCCCUUCCAGUGCCACGUCUGCUUCAAGACCUUCGUCCAGAAGCAGACCCUGAAAACGCACAUGAUUGUCCACCUUCCCGUUAAGCCCUUUAAAUGCAAGGUGUGUGGGAAGUCGUUCAACAGAAUGUACAACCUUCUCGGCCACAUGCACCUCCAUGCUGGCAGCAAGCCCUUCAAGUGCCCUUACUGCACCAGCAAGUUCAACCUGAAGGGCAACCUCAGUCGACACAUGAAGGUUAAACACGGCAUCAUGGACAAUACAGUAGAUGGACAUGAACCCCCCCAAGAGACAGAAGGGCAGGAGGAGUACGAAGAGGAGAGCUUUGAAUUCAGUGAGCGAGAAAACCGAGCUAACAACAACAACACACAAGAUGUGUCAAAACUAUCUCAAAUGGAGUAUUACAGCACGUAUGGGAAAAGUGCAGGGCGCUUCAGCACUGCAUGAAUUAUUAAAAUGAUCCCAAAUUGAAAACAAGUAUGAACUAAUGAAAACUGGAUUGUUUAUUUUCAUUUGUUUUUUGCUGUUAAAGGCAUAGUGCUUGGAUUCUUCCUAAAGGACGUGAGGAGGGCCAGCAAACUGCACAUCAAUAUGCACUGGAGUCACUCAUAAUGCUAUAAAAUUUGAACAUGUAUACUUUUUAUUCAAGUCAUAUUUUCAUCUGAAACAUUACAGAUUUAAAGAUUAUAUUUAAAAAAAUGCAGUCGAAAAUAUAAGUAUUUAGGUACCAACAAAAACAAAACGAAAAAAAAAAACAAGAUCAUCUGAGCCCUAUUAUAAAAGCACAUUUUUAGGAGCAAGAAUAGCUGCAUAUGUUAAGCUGCACUUACUCAUUCAGACAAUCCUGGUUUCUCUCGGUCUGCUGGGGUACACCAUUGUAAGGAUGAAGGAAGGGAACAAGUGUUCUUUCACUUGCCAAAGCUCAUUGUGCUUAAUAUCUCACUCUCAUUUAUACUGUGAUAAAAGUCUGCAAAUUGACUUAAGUUCUGUGUGGUUUGCAACCUGUGCUUUAUUGUAUAUAACUGUACAGAGUACAUCAGUCCUCCUCUAUGUUGGCUGGUACUGUAAUCAGUGCGCUGCACUUGGGACCACUGUGUCUACUUUUUACAUUUCUGCAUUAACAAGCUUCACACUGUAUUGAUCUCUAGUCUAUGAAUGUAAUUUGUUUGUGUGGAAUGUUUUCAGAUGCAAAUGAAAAGAAAAAUGCCCGUUUUAUUAGCUGGACCCAUUUUACCAAAGAACUGGAAAAAACAAAAGAAUCUUGCAGCUGUGGGCGUCAGUUUUUCCUCACAGUUACACUAAGAUGGGACAUUGGAUUUUUUUUGGGUCCAAUCGCAGACCUCAUGAAAUUACAUUCAGGUUCCAAUCCCACCCAUUUGGUUGUAGAUCUCUUAGAACAGACAAGCUUCACCAUCUGAGCUCAUCCAAGUUUCUCAUGAUGACGCUGCAGCACGCUUUAAAAACAAUGCAAACCCUGCAUUCAUAUUGCUUUUUUUUUUCUUUAUGGAUGAUUCUCAACAAGAAUUGUCUCCAAAAAAAAAAAAAAAAAAAAACCUGGACAGAAAUAUUAAGUGCCCUGGUGUGUCUGCGAGAGAAUGCCAUCCAUCAUGCUGUACACUGGUCUCCAGUGAUGAACGACAACCUCCCAACAUGUGACAGGGCUGUGAACCUUGUGGAAAAUGAUUUGGAAAUGCUCAAUAUAUUCAGUUUCCCGCUGCUUAGCUUUUCAAAAUUGUAACCUGCAAAGAAGGUAUCCUUUUGCUAUGUUGAUAUAGUGCAUUUAAAAUAAAAAUGCUCAUUUUUGUGAGUUUUUCAGCUUCUGUGUUCACUACAUCACUAUUAUAGUGAUAAAAAGGGGAAGAUGUUCAGCUUAAAUAGCUUUCUGUAUUAGACUUUAGUGUGAAGAUAUGAAUAGAACUGUAUGUACAAUGUUGUGUACCAGACAAUACUGUAAAAUAAUAAAUUUAUUUACCUUUAAA